GGGUGAAGUUCAAACUUGAUAAGAUGAUCUUGUUAAAAUCACAGCCGUCAACAAAUUGCCAUUUACUCUGUAUUGAGUCUCGGAGGAAGUGCCCGCCUCCACCCACCUGGUUUUUAAAGAGCUAGUAGACAUCCAAACUCCAGCUCAGGCUUUACACAUUAUCUCUCCUUCUCUCUUGCCGGAAUGAACUCCUCUUCUGAACCACACGACUUCCCGGCCACAUUUUUUCCAAGAACCUGACACAAACCUUCUUUCGCCACUCAAUUAUAUAUACAACUAGUUCUUUAUGUAUAUAUAUUGACAGAUCUUCCUCCAAGAAAGAGAGAGAGAGGAAAAAAAACCUGGUCGCCCUGAAAGCUUCGCUGAGAACGACAGAGACUACAGCAUCACGGCCAUCCAUCACAGGCUCACAGCUGCUCUCCCUCCCUCUCUCUCUUUCUCUCUCUCUGACUUCGCACCAAGGAUUUCCAAGCCCAUUCUUUUGAGAUACUUUGCUCUCGAAAUAAUCUCAUGCAUCAGAUGAAGUACUAGUUUCCAGAGUCGGAAGUCGGUGAGGCGGAGUUCCAGUCUCUUGGAGGCAGAUAGGGACAUUAAAAUUGCAAUAAGAUGGCGUAAAGCAAAAGCUUGUUGCAGCCGUUACAAAGCUUCUUGUCUUUCAUGCUCGUGCAUUUUCUUUGCCUUUUCUUUUUAUAACAACCCCAAAGGCUCCUAGUUCCUCAAUGAAAAGGGAAAUUGGUUACGCCUUAACUCUUGGAGUUUUCAUUUUGUCAAAUCCCUUCACUUUUUGGUGUAGCCCCCCUCCCCCCCUUUUCUCUCCCUUUUUUCUCCCGCGGAAAAUAUAGUGCUGCAGCCUGCAAGUGCUUUAAGAAUCCGGCUUCCUUGAUCAUUUUAGUACACGUUGUUCAUUGAAGGUUCUCUUUGUCGAAAGGAGUGGUCCAUGCAAAUGAAAGACCCUCUGGAGAACACUGUGAUAUCGGAGAACACUCUGAUAUUCAGGAAACCACUACAGAACUCUAUGAAUCAGAAGACAUCAACCCAGAUGGUGCACAAAAAUGAAGAUUUCUUGGAACAUAAAAAGAAGAUCAUGGCAAGGAGGAAGGGAAGGAGAAGAGGUAGAUUACCGAAAGUCGAGAGGUUCCAAGAAUCACAGCUUGAUUUAGAUGUGGGGUCCCUUGCUUCAUGCAAAAACCUUAUGUUACACCGCAGGCCUGGAUUUGGCCAGCUGGGAACAAAGUGUUUAGUUAAAGCCAAUCACUUCCUUGCAGAGAUACCAGGGUCAGAUAUAUGUCAAUAUACUGUUAAAAUAAAGCCUGAGAUUACUUCUUCGAAAUUGAACAGAGCCAUCAUGACACAGUUGGUGAAACUUUAUAGAGAGACUGACUUAGGGAUGAGGCUUCCUGUUUAUGAUGGAGGAAGAAAUCUUUACACGGCCGGAUUGCUACCUUUUGCCUCAAAAGACUUUACCAUAGUAUUGAACGAUGAUUACAAGGGGACAGGCAAUGGAAGGGAACAACAGUUUAAGGUGACAGUCAGUUUUGUAGCACUAGCCAGUAUGCACCAAUUGCGUGAGCUUCUUGCAGGGAAAUCAGUUGAUACCCCUCAAGAGGCGCUUACCAUUAUUGAUAUUGUCUUGCGGCAACUGCCAGGCCAAAGGUAUAUAUCAGUUGGAAGGUUUCUAUAUUCUCCUGAUAUUAAGAAACCGCAGCAGCUUGGUGGUGGCUUAGAAUCAUGGAGAGGUUUCUACCAGAGUAUUAGACCUACUCAGAUGGGACUAUCCCUGAAUAUUGACAUGUCAUCUGCUGCAUUCAUUGAGCCACUCCCAGUCAUUGAUUUUGUUGCUCAGAUUUUGGAUAAAGAUGUGUUUUCAAGGCCCUUUUCAGAUGCAGAUCGUGUAAAGGUCAAGAAAGCCCUUAGAGGGGUCAAAGUUGAAGUUACACACAGAGGAAAUGUUAGAAGGAAAUAUCGAAUUUCAGGGUUGUCAUCACAGCCUACACGGGAGCUAAUUUUCCCAGUAGAUGAGCAAAGGAACAUGAAAUCUGUUGUUGAGUACUUUCAAGAGAUGUAUGGAUAUGUCAUUCGGUAUCCCCACCUACCUUGUCUUCAUGUGGGAAACCAGAAGAAGGUGAAGUACUUGCCAAUGGAGGCAUGCAAGAUAGUUAGCGGGCAGAGAUACACGAAAGGUCUGAAUGAGAAACAGAUUACUUCUCUGCUAAAAGUUUCAUGCCAAAGACCCCAGGAACAAGAAAUGGACAUCUUACAGACAGUUCACCAAAAUGAGUAUGAUCAGGAUCCCUAUGCAAAGGAGUUUGGCAUCAUUAUAGACAGCAAGCUUGCAUCUGUUGAGGCUCGGGUUCUUCCAGCUCCAUGGCUCAAGUAUAAUGAUAGUGGAAAGGAAACAGAAUACUUGCCUCAAGUUGGUCAAUGGAAUAUGAUGAACAAGAAAGUCGUAAAUGGAAGCACCAUCAGAUAUUGGGCUUGUAUCAACUUCUCACGAACUGUCCAAGAGAGCACUGCUCGUGGUUUUUGUCAACAGUUGGUUCGAAUGUGCAAAAUCUCUGGCAUGGAAUUUAACAUGGACCCUGUCAUUCCUAUAUAUUCAGCCAGACCAGAUCAGGUAAAGAAGGCCUUGAAAUACGUUUAUUGUGCCGCUACAAGCAAGCUUGAAGGAAAAGAGUUGGAGUUGCUUAUCGCCAUUCUUCCGGACAACAAUGGUUCUUUGUAUGGUGAACUGAAACGAAUCUGCGAAACAGAGCUAGGGUUGAUUUCGCAGUGCUGCCUUACAAAACAUGUCUUCAAGAGUAGCAGACAGUACCUGGCAAAUCUCUCUCUUAAAAUCAAUGUCAAGAUGGGAGGAAGGAAUACAGUGCUUCUAGAUGCUUUACAUUGGAGGAUUCCUUUAGUUAGCGACAUUCCAACAAUCAUUUUUGGAGCUGAUGUUACUCAUCCAGAAAAUGGAGAAGAUUCUUAUCCAUCUAUAGCUGCCGUUGUGGCCUCCCAAGAUUGGCCAGAAGUUACAAAGUAUGCAGGUUUGGUAUGUGCACAGCCUCAUCGAGAAGAACUUAUUCAAGACCUAUUCAAAACCUGGAAAGAUCCUCAACUUGGUACGGUUACUGGAGGCAUGAUCAGAGAGCUUCUACUUUCUUUUAAGAAUGCUACUGGACAGAAACCAUUGAGGAUCAUAUUUUACAGGGAUGGUAUCAGCGAGGGACAGUUCUACCAAGUCUUACUAUAUGAACUUGAUGCCAUUCGUAAGGCUUGUGCAUCAUUAGAACCUGGUUACCAACCUCCGGUAACAUUUAUUGUGGUUCAAAAGCGGCACCACACUAGACUUCUUGCAAGUAAUCACAACGAUAGAAGCAGCACCGACAUGAGUGGAAAUAUCUUACCCGGUACUGUGGUGGAUUCAAAAAUCUGCCAUCCAACUGAGUUCGACUUUUAUUUAUGUAGUCAUGCUGGAAUCCAGGGAACUAGUCGACCUGCUCAUUAUCAUGUUCUCUGGGAUGAGAACAAUUUUACUGCAGAUGAAAUCCAAUCUCUGACCAACAACCUGUGCUAUACGUAUGCUCGAUGCACUCGAUCUGUUUCUAUAGUGCCUCCUGCAUAUUAUGCACAUCUGGCAGCCUACAGAGCUCGAUUCUACAUGGAACCUGAGGUGCAUGAUCAUUCUAAAACACGUUCCCCACAGAAAACAAAUGGGUCAUUUGUCCGUCCCCUGCCAGCUUUGAAAGACAAGGUGAAGAAUGUGAUGUUUUACUGCUAGUUGGAGAGACUAGAAAGGUCAAUCACCGGAAAACAAACAUAAAGAAAUUGAAUUAAAGGGAAAUGCUUGUACAUGAAUUAUUAUGUGCUUUGUCUCUGUGUUUAUAUAAAAUUAUAUAUUCUAGAGAAAAUGUUGUGCCCUGAAAAUUUUGACAAUGCAUCCAACAAGGCAUUUAGCUUA